AUGUCCAACUCCAACGUCGUCCUCAUCACCGGAGCUUCAGGUUUCAUCGGAGCCCAUGUAGUCGUCCAACUUCUGGACCUCGGCUAUCGUGUCAAAGGAACUGCGCGCGGAGCCAAGCUAGAGCUUUUACGAGAAAAGUUUGGUGCGAACCCCAACUUCGAGGUCGUCGAGAUCCGCGACAUCGCCACAGAUGAUUUCACCGGGGCUUUGGAGGGCGUUUCCGCCGUCGUUCACCUCGCAUCCCCGCUCGCCGGCCGCCAAUCUCCUGAGGAAGCUCUGAACAGCGCGGUGGAGGGCACCUUGAACAUCCUUCGCCAAUGUGUCAAAGCCAAAGUCUCCAAAGUCGUCUUUACCAGCAGUUGGGCGACCACCCUGGACCCAAACUUGGCAGCCACAUUCGCGGGAGUGACAUUUACGGAGAAAGAUUGGGGAGCUGUAACGCGCGAGGACCUGUUGAACGGCGACCACAACCCGCUCUACGUGUACUGCGGAAUCAAGACUCUCGCAGAGCUCGCAGCAUGGCAAUUUGCGAAAGAGCAUUCAGUACUUGAUCUUGCAAGCAUCAACCCGCCGUUCGUCUACGGAAAGCCUGUCGAUGGACUCACCUCAGGGACUGGUGUGAUGUCUCUCGGCACGAAUGCGCUAAUCUACCAGCUCAUCGCUGGGGAGCCCGGGAGACCUCUGCCGCCCCAACUCCCUCCGUACUAUUGCAACGUCCGCGACGUCGCUCGCGCGCACGUGCUUGCGUUGGGUUUGCCCAGGACCCCCGCCUAUGCCGCCAAAGCACUAUUAUCGGACCUCUUGCAGCAUAGGCGGGGGUCCUGUUUGCCCAAGCUGCCUGCGGACGCGGGCGUCCAGGGCAAGCGCUUCAUUGUCGCAGGUCCGGGGGCGAUGCUCUGGGUAGAUGCGGUGAAGAUGAUCCUUGUCGAGCGUCCCGCUCUGAAGGACAGGCUUCCGAGAUUGGACGAUGCCCCUCCGCUACCGGGACCGCUGUCGGCAGUGAACACCACUCGCGCCAACGAAGUCCUGGGGAUGAAGGAGUACGCUGGUUUGCAGGAAACUCUUCUCGAGGCCGUCGACGCUCUGACCACGGCGGAGACUACGUGGGAGUGA